AUGGCGGCACAAGAGAGCGGCAGGACAGCUAUUGGCACAGCGGUAGCGUGCCGUGGACGCCGCUUUGUUGGCGUCCGGCAGCGGCCGUCGGGGCGGUGGGUCGCCGAGAUCAAGGAUUCGGCGCAGCGCGUUCGCCUGUGGCUCGGCACGUUCGACACGGCCGAGGCGGCGGCGCGCGCCUACGACGAGGCGGCCCGCGCGCUGCGGGGGGAGAACACGCGCACAAACUUCGCGGACCGCGGCCGGCACGGCUCGGCCGGGGCGGCCAGGGCGAGGCUGAGCAAGAACCUGCGGCACGUCAUGGCGCGGGCUGCGGCCGCGGGCAGGGCCACGGCGUGCGCGGGGGUGGGAGACCAGUUCGCGCUCGCCGCGGUGUUCCGUCACUGGCAGCAGCCAGCGGCCCCCGCGCCGCAGGCGCCGCGGCGGGCCGAGGCCGAGACCGUGCACGUGAAGCACGCAGUGCAGCCGAGCUUCGUCGUGCCGAGGCGGACGGAGGCGCCGCCGGCGCGACCACAGCUACCAUCAUUGCUUGGAGCUGGAGCCAUUUGGGACGUCGACACCGCUGAGCUGCUGUGCGUCGGGGAGACGGGCGUCCAGGACAGGUUCAAGGUGUCCUCGUCAGUGAUCGUGCCGCCCUCCUUUUGCGCGGCGGCAUCGGACUCGGAGUCCUUCGGCCUCGAGGACUUCUAG